UUAACAUUGAUAGCAAGAGAAGCACUGAGAGCGAUAGAGAGAGCUUUAACAUAGACAGAAAGAGAGAGUGAGAGAGAGAGAAAGCGUAGAACGUAAUAGAAUGCCAUUGCGAAAGCCUCUUCGCUUAGUACGAACAAUAGCAACGAUCUGCCUGGAUGUAGCAUUAUUGAGCGGCACCAGACGGAUGAACAACACAAUCAAAUUGCGCCAGUUGGCCACAAAACCGCCCACACUGAAGGCGCUGCAGAGGCCAGCUGUCGGUAUUAAUGGCUGCUCCCAGCCGCAGCCGGAUCAGAUGAAGUACUCGUUCUCGGAGCUCGUCUUCUCGGAUCGCCGUAGGACGCUCACCGAGCAGGAUGCUCGAGAGGAAGCGGAAUAUAAUGCUGACAUUGAGCAGCUGAAAGAUCUGCAGUCGAAUCGGGAAAGCAUCCAGAACUCUAUUAACACUCGCUGCGAUACGCUGGCCAUUACAUUGAAGUAUCUAGAGCGGAGUGGCUUAACCUUAGAAGAUGUGGAGAAGCUGUCCGUUAUUCAUGUAGCCGGCACCAAGGGCAAGGGCUCCACUUGUGCGCUGACCGAGUCGAUAUUGCGGCAGUAUGGAGCACGGACGGGCUUCUACAGUUCGCCCCAUUUGGUGUCCACGAACGAGCGCAUACGGAUCAAUGGCGAGCCGCUGGCCAAGGCGAAGUUCACGCAUUUCUUCAGGCUGGUCUACGAUCGUCUGCUGUUCGGUCGGGAGCAUGAACGGGAUAUGCCGGCGUUCUUUAUGUUCCUGACCAUCGUCGGGUUCCAUGUGUUCAUCGCGGAGCGCGUGGAUGUGGUGGUGCUGGAGGUGGGCAUCGGCGGUGAGCUCGACUGCACGAACAUUUUGCGCAAUGUGCGCACGGCGGGCAUCACGUCCCUGUCGCUGGAGCAUACUCAAGUGCUGGGCAACACCAUCAAGCAGAUCGCCUGGCAGAAGGCGGGCAUCAUCAAGCCCGGCGCCCACGUCUAUACGCACGUGACGCAGCCGGAGUGCCUGCAGGUGAUACGCGAACGGGCAGCCGAAAAGCACGCCCAGCUCUUCGAGGUGCCCCAGGCCGAGGAGCUAUUCGCCCUCAAUCAGCGCUCCGACUUUCUGAACAGCUGCAACGACUAUGUUCGACUCAAUGGGUGUCUGGCCAUCGCGUUGGCCUACGACUGGCUGCGCCAGUCAACGGGUCGACUGCACCGCGACUAUCCCCUCAACUGGCUGCAGCUCACCGACGAGGUGCUCCACGGCAUCAGCCAGGCCAAUUGGCCCGGUCGCUGCCAGCUGGUCCAAUACGAGAACAUGCGCAUCCAUCUGGAUGGAGCCCACACAGUGGAGAGCAUACGCGUCUGCUGCAACUGGUAUCGGAAGAGCACAAAAUACAGUCGCAAUCCAAGUAUCUUGGUCUUUAAUCGCACUGGUGAUACGGAUACAAAGGCCCUGCUGCAGGUGCUGCAGCAGUCGUGUAGCUUCGAUAUGGUUUGCUUUGUGCCCAAUUUGUCCAGCGCCAAGGCCAAUGAUCCCAACCAGACCAGCGUCUGCUACAGUGAUGAGGCGCAGCGGGAGCGAGCCAGCCUGAUCGCCGAAGCCUGGCAGCAGCUGUGCGAUGCUAAUAAGCAGGUCAACCGCGGGCGAAUGUACAACACGGUCUGGGAUGCCUUCGUUGAGAUGCGCAAACGUUAUCCGGCCCACAUUGAGCUGGAUGUGCUGAUCACGGGAUCCAUUCAUUUGUUGGGUGCUGCCAUAUUGAUGCUAGACGAUUUCCAUUUGGGGGCGAGGGCAACAAAUGGCAGCACCUGAGUGAGAACACCUGCGUUGCACUGUACUUGAAGGCUAUGUUUCUCUAGAUUAUAGACUAGAUAUUUAAUCCCAGA